AUGCCCCCAAAGCGCAAGGCGCCAUCCGGGCAGGCCGGCGCGGCCAAGGCAGGGCGCGCUUCCGCCAUGUCGACUCCGGGUCCGGCUACCCCGCGCAGCAUCGACAGCUCGAUAAUGUCCGACGCUGACGAAGAUUUCGACGAGGACGUGACGGAAGCUCAGAGGCAGCGCGAGGCGCUGCUGUCAAAAGAGGCGGAUGAGUUUGUUAAUAAAUUCACAUUUGGAGGAAAGCGCCUUCAAGGGCAAGGCGACGAGAUCGUUCCGCGAGAUGCGCGACGGUACGAUUCUGCGACCUCGCUGUUCAAGAAACGGGAUUUCUCCCAUCUGCCGCUGAAACCCGACCAUCUGAACCGGCCGCUGUGGAUCGACCCAGACAACUGCACCGUUGUACUGGAGCGCUUCAAUCCUUUGGCCGAGCAGGCUACCGACUUCCUCAUCACCAUCGCAGAGCCCAAAUCGCGUCCCACCUUCCUGCACGAGUAUUCCCUGACACCACACAGCCUGUACGCAGCCGUCUCGGUGGGUCUGCGGCCAAAGGACAUUAUCAAUACGCUAGAGCGGUUCUUGAAGACAGCGCUACCCGACAUGGUGCGCCGGAAGAUUGAACACCACACCAAGAGCUUUGGCAAGGUCAAGUUAGUUUUGAAGCACAACAGAUAUUUCGUAGAGAGCGUGGACGCAGAUGUGCUGCAGAUCCUGCUUAAGGACGAUGUGAUAGGGUCGUUGCGCGUCCACGGGUCCGAUGAUAUCACGACGAGCUAUGCGCCCACCAUGGGUGGCCUUGUCAUCCCGGGCACGCAGAACGCGGCGGGCGUCCGCCAGGCCGACCUGAAGCAAGCUGAGAAGAAGCCCGGCGAAGGGGAGGGUGCCUCCAACGAGGCCGACCUCUUUGCGGCCCUGAAUGAAGAAGAUGACGACGACGAUAAGGAAGCCGUCCAUGCGUUCGAGAUCUCGGAUGCCAACGUUGAGACAGUCCAGAAACGGUGUCUUGACAUUGGGUAUCCGAUCUUGGAAGAAUAUGACUUCCGGAAUGACGACGUAAACCCGAACCUCGAAAUUGACCUGCGGCCCAACACGCAGAUCCGGCCGUACCAAGAGAAGAGCCUGAGCAAGAUGUUCGGCAACGGCCGCGCCAAGAGCGGCAUCAUCGUGCUCCCCUGCGGCGCUGGUAAGACACUGGUCGGCAUCACGGCGGCCUGCACUAUCAAGAAGGGCGUCAUCGUGCUGUGUACCAGUUCCAUGUCGGUGGUGCAAUGGCGCCAGGAAUUCCUCAAGUGGUCCAACAUCAACCCGGACGACGUCGCCAUCUUCACGGCCGAGAGCAAGAACAAGUUCUCGGGCAGCACGGGUAUCAUCGUGACGACGUAUUCUAUGGUCACUAACAGCCGCGAGCGCUCGCACGAUUCCAAGAAGAUGAUGGAUUUCCUACGCGGCCGCGAAUGGGGUCUGAUGUUGUUGGAUGAGGUCCACGUGGUCCCCGCCGAGAUGUUUAGACGGGUUAUCUCGUCCAUCAAAUCACACUCCAAGCUCGGGCUCACAGCGACGUUGCUGCGAGAGGACGACAAGAUCUCUCAUCUCAACUUCCUCAUCGGCCCGAAGCUGUACGAAGCCAACUGGAUGGAGCUGUCGCAGCAGGGGCACAUCGCCAAAGUGCAGUGUGCCGAGGUGUGGUGUCCGAUGCCAACCGAGUUCUACGACGAAUACCUCCGCGCGAGCGCUCGCAUGAAACGCACCCUCUACGCCAUGAACCCGCGCAAGUUCCAAGCCUGCCAGUACCUCAUCAAUUACCACGAAGCCCGCGGCGACAAGAUCAUCGUCUUCUCCGACGAGCUCUACUCCCUCAAACAGUACGCCCUCAAACUCAAAAAGGUCUUCAUCUACGGCGGCACCUCCCAAGCCGAGCGCAUGCAAGUCCUCGAGAACUUCCAGCACAACCCAGAAGUCAACACCCUCUUCCUCUCCAAAAUCGGCGACACCUCCCUCGACUUGCCUGAGGCUACCUGCCUCAUCCAAAUCUCCUCCCACUUCGGCUCCCGUCGUCAAGAAGCCCAGCGCCUCGGCCGUAUCCUCCGAGCCAAGCGCCGUAACGACGAAGGCUUCAACGCCUUCUUCUACUCCCUCGUCUCCAAAGACACCCAGGAGAUGUACUACUCCUCCAAACGCCAGGCCUUCCUCGUCGACCAGGGCUACGCCUUCAAAGUCAUCACCCAACUCGCCAACAUCGAAAAGACUCCCGACCUAGCCUUCGCCACACCCCUAGAAUGCCGCGAGCUGCUGCAGCGCACGCUGGUAGACAACGAGCGCGGCGCUGAAGACGAAGUCGAGACGGAUGAUCUCUUUGGGAAACCGGGCCGUGGUGGUGGUCGGGGCGUUGGUGGCCGCAAGGGCAACGGUGUGCGCAGGACGGCGGGCACGUUGGGGGAGCUGGCGGGCGCGCAGGAUAUGGCGUAUAUUGAGCAGAACAGGGCGGCGAAUAAGGCGUUGAAGGGCAAAGGCGGGAAGAAAGGUGGCGGUGGCGCGGAUGGGCAGAGUAAAUUCUUUAAGGGGAUUCAGAGGGAGAAGGAGAAGAGUCGGGCGAGGAAUUGA